AUGGAGGAAGAAAUUAGUGAAGAGUUUAUAACCCUAUGGAUGGAGAACAAAAUAAGUUUUUCAAAAUAUAGCUUUAAGAGCUUAUGGAAUAAAAGUUACAACAAGGUGGUAAAGAAAUGGUUGGAUAACGCGAGUAACAAAAUACUGUUUAUAUACCUGAUGGAGUGUGAUGAGGAGACCAAGUUAAAAUUCUCUUUUGACUUUUCUAACGAAAUUAUAGAAGAAACAAUUCAUGAAUACAUUUUGUUCCUAAAAAUUCACAGCCAAAAAAUAACACAAGACAAUAUAGAUACCGUGGUAUUAUAUAAUAAGGUGAACUGCAAAAUAAAAGAAAACAUUUUAACUUUAAUGGACAGAGUAUUUAUACCUAUGCUGGACAUGAAAAAUAGCUCUCCGAUAAACAUACAAAACGAUUUUAACAUCACAACCAUCGAAUUUAUGACUUACAUAACACAGUUAUUUUCCAAGAACCAAUUAAUUUACUAUCCCAAAUUAUCAGUCGAGGAAAUUCAUUUGUUCUGCGCUGACAAGAAUUAUAUUCACUUGCUAGAAAAUUUAGUGAACCACUGGAUUAGUGAUAUCCAAAAGUUGUUUAGCAAUAUAUACGACAAAGAAAUAAGUUACCUGACGCUGAGUGAGUAUAUUUCCGAUGUAGAGAAAAAACAUGGUAUUUUAAAGGAUCUCCUUGAAGAACUCAACAUAGAUACCAUAAACUAUAUUUUAACCAUUUUGGAGAAGAAUAAUUGUGCUAACAUAAAAACGUACAAUAGUUUGAUGACACAGAUAAGGGAGAAGUGCGAAAAGCUGGAAGAGAAACUGAAGGCUCUGAAAAUUCUGGAAGAACCCUUUACCAAUUUAAAUGAUGAUGUCUCUAUCGACCAUGUGUACAACAUUUUGCCAAUCAUUGUAAAUAGACUGAAACUCAUUUUUACCUUUUCGAAAUAUUACAAAGAUUCGGAUCAGAUAAACAGCUUGAUAACGCUUCUUUUAAAUGAGUUCAUUAAGAAGCUGAAUAAUUAUAUCGACCUUUCUAAGAUGUACACUAGGGAGGUUAGACAAUUGUCCGGGACGCUAGACGAGUGCAUCAACUUUGUAUUCUACUGGGACUACCUGAUGGAUGUGUCGUUUAACCGAUCGAACGAAGGAAACUCUCCCUUCGAUUCUAUCAUACGCCAAAUGAAUCUAUCCAAUAUAACAUACUUCAAGCAGAAAUGCGCGGACUUGAAAGAAAUCUGCUUCGCGUGCGAGCAAUUCCUGUUUUGCGUGAAGGAGGAGGAUAUAAAAGCACUGAGCUACGAGCACUAUCACAUAAUCAAGAAAGGGUUCAACGACAUUGAAUCCACCUUCUACAAUGAGCUAAAUCGCAUUAGGAACUUAGAGUACAACAUCUUGAGCAUAAGAAAUAACGAAUGGAGUACCGAUUUUAAAAAGACAAAGGAAAUAAUCAAAGUGUUAGAAAGUAUAUUCAUCAACGUAAUUAAAAUAUCGUUUGAAAAUUCCAUCAACUUCGAAACAACCAUUUUUCUAUUUGACAAAUACUACACCCUAGCGAUAACGGAAAAUAUAAAGUCCUUCAUGAAUAAGAAGGUGGUAGAUUUAUGGACAGAUUUUGUAAAAUAUGUAGACACGUACUCUAGGUAUUUUGCUAAUUUUCUGGAAAACCCAUUCAACUACUUCUCCUACAACAUCAGAUAUGAAUACCACUCCUCCUGUAUCAUGGUAGCUAAAAAUAUCAGUAUAAAGUUGCAUCGCACUUUUGACAAACUCAAUAGCCUCUUCUAUCUCCCAAAGGUAAAGGAACAAGAGGUUGCGUACGAAAAGUACUACGAUUUACAGAAUUCAAUAAAUACAUACAUAAAACAGAUUAAUAACAUUUGGAUAAAUGAGUUAAAAACAAUUGCUUCAAAGAAAAACAACUCGCUUGUCAACACACUGUUGGAUAACUCCAUUCUGAUAAAGGUGAAGGAGAAGUAUCUGGAAAGUACGUACAACAUGGACAUAAAGAAAGUACUCUCCGAAGUAAACUUUUGGCUAAAGAUUAAAGACGAAAAGAUAUUUCUCCCUAAUGUUAUUAUGGAAAUAUCUUUUCAUGAGGAGAGGCUGAAAAUGUGCAAGGAAUAUGUAAAUCGACUUGUCCGAAAUUAUAAUAACAUUUGUAUGAUGCUGAAUAGCGACCAGUACAAAAUAUUCGAAUACGUGCUCAGGAAUAUGUAUUGCAAUAUUGAGAACACCAUCUUUAAGUACAACUGGAAUAAAGACAAUAUAAAGUUGAGUGUUCUUUUCAAUUUCCUGAAUGAGUGCAUCCACAUAAAAUCCAUCAUUGCCACUUUCAAAAGGAACGAUGAAAAAAUAAAAGAUAUACUUAACGAGAUAGAAAAAAUAUCCAUCAUAUCUAUUGAUGAUAAAAGAACCUACACACUGGAAGAAUUUCAGGAGGAGCAGAACAUCAACCUCGAAGGUAUAAGAAGCAUUUUACGAGAUAAGCACACUAGCAUUGUUAAAAUAUUAAAGGAAAUUCUACUUUAUAUUGAAAAAUAUUCAAACAAAAGCUUAAAUGCCUUUAAAACAUAUAUUGCCAAUAUUGAGAGGAACUAUCUCGAAAAGUAUUUCAUUUCGGUUAAAGUCUCUCUAUACAAUUACUAUAAAUUACUCACUGAUAAAAUUAGCAACGACGCAGUGGAGAAUUACCCCUUAUUUAAAAUCUACGUAAAACUCAAUAGUAGGAAAGAGCUCGUUUAUGAUUUUUCCCAUCAGUCAGCCAAAAAUCUCACAGACGAAAUUUACAAAAAAGCGUCGGACAUAUUUUUUAGUUUUCCAAAAUUUAGUCUAGUCAUUUUCAAAAAUAGACAAAAACAGGUAAAGAAGAAAUUGGCCUUUGCGUUCAGCACUACAAAUGCAAAUGAUAAGGAUAUACAAAACGAUGCAAAAGAAAAUGAGCUCAAAAAAAACGAUAAUAAUAACCAAUGUAGCAAACUACUAAGUCAAAUUAACAACAUCUACGUGAAUUUUAUGGAGAAGCUGAAGGAAAAAAUAAAAUGGCUCAAGCACUACAAUUUGAAACUCUUGAGUUUGAAUGAAGAAGACUUGUUGAAUAACCUACACUCGGCUGAGGAUACCAUGACGUACGUCUACAACCAGAUAAAUGUGUUCAGGAACUUGGAGGAAAAUAUAAAACAGGAUAUCGACAAGGAAAUCAUCCUGUUCAUCGAAAUAAAUCUGAGCACGCUAAAGAAGGAAUUGCUGGCGGACUUCAAAAAAUAUAAAGAUCUAUUCCUGGAUUACAUAAGCGCAAAAUGCAAAAAGAAGUUAGAAGAGCUAUAUGCCUUCUUUAAGGAUAACAGCAACAAUCUACUGAAAACUGCAGUGGAUAUAAACGACCUGAAAGAACAGAACGCCUUAUUAGAUCACUGCAGUAGAAACUAUGGAAUACAUAAAAAGGAGUUAGAAAAUUUAGAAGAAGAUUACCUAAAGCUGAUAGAAUUAAAAGGUGAAUUAAACGAAGAUGAGAUAAUGAAGUUGAAGACCUCCUCCAUCCUGUCAAGCAAAUUUGAAGCGUUACUGAAAGAGAGCAGAACCAUGUAUCUGGACACUAAGGAAAAAAUGAAAAAUGAAAUUAAGAAUGCAUACAACGAAUUUAACAAGCUAUGGCAGAAGAAGAAGUUAGUUUUUUAUAAAGAAAUGCCAAUAAAUAUUGACAACAACCCGGAUGACAUUCUACACAUGAUCAGUUUUUAUGAGGACGAAUUGAAGAACAUCAAGCAGAUGCAGAAUGGACUUAAGAACAAAAUAAGCCUAUUCAACAUAGACGAUGUGUGCGAUGAGCAAAUAAAUGAUAUGGAAAUAGACUUGAAUCAUUUGAAGAGCAUAUGGAGGAUGAUCAAAUUUUGGCAAACGGUUUUCGACUUUGUCAAGAAUGUUAGUAUAUUUUUCCUGCACGAUAUAGUGAACGACUUGCUUGCAUUGGUGAGGGAAUAUAAAAAGGAACACCUGAGCGAUACUCUAGGAUUUGUACAGGAAGAGGAAGCAUCCGAAAGUGAUUUGGACAUUUCUCGAGAUGGACAGGUGGAUAAGGAACCAGACGAACUGGAGAUCAGCUACUCAGGAGGUUUCCAGCACAAUGGACAAAAGAAGGAUGAGGCAAAUGCAAAGAAGGAAGAAUAUGGAAGGGAUGAUCAGAUAGUUUCACAGGAAGCCAAAAAUUUAAACAUAAAGUUCUUCCUGAAUCAGCUGAAAACAAACUUUCUUGACAUUUUUGAGCAGUUCUUAAUAAAUAUGAAAAGGAGGAACACGUGGGAGAUAUACAAAGAGCUAAAAAACAACGUUGGCAAGCUAAAAUUUUCACUAAUCCUUGUUGAAAUACUAACAAACGAGUGCAUGAAGUAUAGGCAUUUUAAAGAGAUAGAAAUGAAGACAAAUGUUCAGUGGAAUCUCAGCAACAUAACCCUACAUGAUAUCAUAGAACAGAAGUUAUAUAAAGAAAUAAAGUUUAUCACAAUCCUGUACAACAACGCAGAAAAGGAAUUGUUCAUAGAAAAUAACUUAAAAAAAAUUAUUAACAAAUAUGAAAAUAUGAAAUUGUCCAUACAGAAUUGUAAAUCUUCUCUGUUAAUUGAAGAUGCAGAAAAGAUUUUCAAUAACAUCAAUGAAGAUCUCUUCCUUCUUAAUAAUAUAAAAAUCUACAACUUUGAUAUAAAUUUUUUAAAAAAAACGGAAAAGUGGGAAGGAAUAUUAGGCAACUUAUAUGACAACCUAGAAAUUGUAUUUUCCAUUCAGAAAAAAAAUGAAUACUUAAAAUCUAUUUUGUCUUCUUCCGACGAAAUGAGGCCACACCUGAAUAAGGUUUACGAGCAUUACAACUUGUGCAACCAGAGAUUUGUCAAAAUGGUUAGGACCUUCCAAAAUGGGUAUGUACUAGACAAGAUUAACAACUGUAACAAUGUGCGCACAUUUUUGCAAAUACAGAAGCAGCUAAACUUUAUAGAGAAAUCUUUGGAGAGUUAUUUGGAAAAGAAGAAAAGUUCCUUUCCCAGAUUUUACUUCUUAUCUAAUAAGGAAAUUUUAGAAAUACUCGGUAUAUACAAAAAUCCAAUGUUGUUGAAAAAAAAAAUACAGAAAAUAUUUUCCUCCAUUUAUUCUAUCGAAUUUGUGUCCUCAGAAAAAAAAAUGCAUUUUCAAAAAAAUAACUCAAAGUGUAGUGUUGCUGUACAUGAUUACAAUAAAAACAGUGUCAGUUUUAAUUACAAAAAAGGCAAUCAUAAAAGUAAUUCCAAUUUUAAUAAGGAUAAAUGCCAAAGGGAUGAAUUUCCAAAUAUGUAUGAACAGGUCAUGUCAAAUGUAGACAACACAGAUAAUAACUGUUCGUCCUAUUUUGAUAUUUAUAUCUUUUCUCAAUACAAAGAAAAGAUAAAACUGCACAAAAAGAUGAAACUGAAUUAUGAAUCUUCAACAAUUAUACUAAACAAGUUGGAGGAAAAUAUUUUCGAAACCUUGAAACUAGAUUUGGUAAAUGUACAACUAGAACUGAAAGAGAAAAAUUUAAAGAACUGGGUUCUGAACAAUCCUCAGCAGCUUGUCUUGAUAAGCAAGUGCAUAAAUUUUACGAACGAUUAUGAACACUUUCAAAUUCAGAUUAACAAAGGGUCACAUAUUUUCGUAAACCAAAUGAAGAAGGAAAAUCAUAAGGAACUAUUGUUCCUCACAGACUUGAUAAAAACAAUCAAGGAUAAAAAAAAUUACAUCAAAAUCAGCGCGUUGAUAAUUCUGGAAAGUUAUUACAAAGAUGUCGCAGAAAAAUUGAUCAAAAAUAAAAUAGAAUGUAAUGAUAACUUUCUAUGGAUGUGUCAGCUGAAAUAUAUUUUGUGUGAGGAUGAAUAUGAUGAGAGUUUCCCUUUUCAGAAAAGCUUCUUAUCCAAAGAUGUAGCGGAAAAGGGAGAGUGCGUAUCUGCAGAAGAUGCAGCGAAAAGUGCCUACAAAAAGGGUAACAGUAGACACGACAUAGGGGAAGAUUUGGCUAACGUUAAAGGUGGAACCCAUGUCAGUGAUGGUGCAGUUUCAACAAUCAGUACAAGUGAGAGGAAGAAGAAUAAAGGGCACCUCCAACUGAGCAAACCUGUCAGUAGGAAAAAUGGAUCCAUUGCGGUGGGCAAAUAUACAAAACGGGAAAAGUUAAAUGAAUGUAAAGAGAUCGGAAGAAUUGGAAACCGCACAAGUGUAAAUGUGAUUGGUAAUGCAGAGGAAGGCGCUAAAGACGUUGGGGAUGUAUUGCUCCUAGAAAAGGAGGAGGAGCAGGAUAAGGGGGAAAAUGAGGCAGACGAGGAAAAAGACGAAUACGAAGAUGAAGUAAAAGAGGAAAUAAAAUCGGGCGAAAAAGGGGAAUCCGUGGAGGAGGGAAAGGAGAAGGAAGAGUACAAAGCAGAGGAGGAAGACGAAGCAGAUGAGGCGGACGACGCGGAAAACGAUAACAAUAAUGAUGACGAGGAGGCAGAUCAAAUAGAUGGGAUAGACGAAGCCGAAGCGGAAAUGGAGCAGAAGGAACCUCCAGCAGAAGUAGCAAAAACAUUCCAAAAAGGAAUUCUUUCCAAGAAAAAUAAACCCGCAAAAGGUCACCCGGGAGAUCCCCCCGACCAUGUAGCUGGGAAGGAUAUACUCAAGACAGAUAAUUUAAACGCAAGUGAUCUAGCCAACAAAAAUAACAAACAAUUCAAGUAUCUUAGAACGAUAAAUCUGAUGAUAAAUAAAUCUAUGACCUUAUAUUUACACUAUUUUAAUAACAAGAGAAAGUAUGCCUAUGAGUACCAAGGAAAUACAAAUAGGUUAGUCAUCACCCCUUUAACCGAAAAGUGCUUCUAUUCCUGCUUGUUUUCCUUAGACAAUUUUUUUGUGAAUGCUAUCAAAGGAGAAACGGGUGUUGGAAAGAGUGAGACCAUAAAAGAUUUUAGCAGAAUGUUUGGCACGAAUAUCAUUUCGAUAAAUUGCAACAAUAAUAACACGUCCAAAUAUAUAGGAAAUAUUUUAUCAGGAAUUCUGCAGUCAGGGUUCUGGUGCUGUUUUGACGAAUUUAACAGAAUAGAUGAAAGUGUAAUCGUUAUCGUGGUUGAACAAUUUAGAUGCAUCAAGCACAUCAUGCAAAAGUUCCAUUUUGACAGUACCUGCGAGGAAGAUCAACAGGAAUAUAUGAAUUACGAGGACAUAUCUUCUUACCAUCAAAUGGCAAAAUGGAGACCAACUAUUAGUUCAGAUAAAUUCGGUAAUCACUUAUUGAAUACGCAUUGUAGUGAAGCAAAGGAAGUUUCGUCCAAUCAUGAGGAGAAAAGGAACGUUUCUCAAUUUGGCGUAAGGGUAAAUUCCAAGGAGGCGAAUUCUAUAGCCCCACUGAACAAACCAGGUGGUGAUAAAUCAAGUGAGUGUUGCAAGUCGAGAGAUUUUUCCGACACACACAAAGGGGGAAACACGAAUGGAUGUGGUAUUAGCUGUGGAAAGGCCCAAAGAAGCAUUCCCCCGGAUAGCCACUCAACAGCAACACGGAACGAAGAGGCCUUCUUCGAAGGGCAAAAUAUUAAGGUAAAAAAAAACUGCUCCAUAUAUCUUACGCUGUGCAAAAACAAUGACAACUGCUUGUACUCUCUAGAAAAUUACAAUAGCGUGAUUCAGGAAUUCUCCUUUAAGCCCCCCAAUUUUCAUCUGAUUUGCCAAUUUUCUCUAAUCUCCAUUGGAUUUAAAAACGCAAAAAAGUUGUCAAAAAAAAUCAACAUCUGCUACAGUCUACUAUACGAGUUCCUGUCUAAACAGGAACAAUACAUAAUUGACUUGAGGGAAAUAAAGAAGUUUUUAAAUUUAGUUUCCGAAGAUUUUAUCUCGAAUAAUAAGAUAAAAAGUGAAGAAGAAAUUAUAUAUGAUGCCAUGGUGGAGGUAAACCAAUCCAAAUUGUUGAAGGAUGAUCUGGACAUCUUUUACAAUUUCCUUAAGGAAUUAUUCCCACUAGUAAAAAAGAGAGCAGAAAAAAACAAAAGUAAUGACAUCUCUGUGAAAAUUAUAACAGACAUUAUGAGCAAUAUGGGUUAUACCAUAAAUGACUACUACAUAAAUAGCAUUUUAAAAUUGCAUAAAAUUAAAAAAACGAAUAAAGGAAUUGUCUUAGUGGGAAAAUCUUGUACAGGAAAAACGAGCAUAAUUAAUAUUUUCAAACAUUACUGCGAGAUUGCUAGAAAUGCGAACGUUGUAAGAGGAGGUAAUCUGAAUUGGAUAGAAGAUGAUAACAAAGAUGGGAAAUUCCUACACCCUGGAGGGAAGGUCAAGGAAGUUGCCCCCUACAACAGUGGGGGUUAUGGCACCACCAACCAUGGUGAGAUAAAUCACGCCAUCGACGAUUUUGCCUAUAUUAAUCAAAUAAAUAAUGUCCCAUCUAAUGCCUCAUUGAACAGUAAGGGAACAUACGAAAGCUACAAUUUGCUCUACCCGGUGAACCUCUUCUCUAAUAAGUACAAAAAUCAAGGGAACGCAAACAUGAUGGGAAAAAAUAAUAGCAACAACAGUGCCAGCCAGAGCACCAACCAAAGCAUCGGCCACAAUAGCCUCAGCGGAAGUGUUAAACGAUUAAGCAAAAUCAGCAGUGCAUAUUCUAUGCAGAGUAAAAAUUCCACAGGAGCACUACUGGAUUUUGCAGGCAAAUAUAAGAAGAAUGUCCACACGAAUGAGUAUUGCAUAGAUAUAACUGUCUUUAACCCUAUGUCGACAGAUGUGAAGAAGUUGUAUGGGUACUACAACUCCGAAAAGGAGGUGUACGAAGAUGGUAUUUUGUCCCUAAUAAUGAAAAGGCUAUUCGAGAAUAAUAACAAUUUGAACGAGAAGUGGUUGAUCCUGGAUGGACCAUUGGACAUCUUAACGACUGAGCCGUUGCACUCUCUAUUGGAUGAAAACAAAGUGCUAACAUUAAUAAACGGAAAUAGAAUAAAAUUUGCAGAUAAUGUGUUUAUAUUCUUUGAAAUUGAAAAUUUAAAAAAUUGUGCCCCCUCCUUUAUUAGUAGAUCGAAAAUUGUCUACAUGAAUGAAGAAGAAUUUAACUACGAGUGGCUUAUCGAGAGUUAUUUACAGAGCAAUUUCUCCAAUGUAGAGGAAAAAAAUCUCGUACAGGGUUUUUUCAACAAAUAUAUAAAAAAAAUUAUGAACGCUAAGCGGAAUAAGUAUAACCUAAUUAUCGACGUGAGCGACGCGAAUGUUAUCAUAUCCAUCUGUCAGCUCUACGACAUGCUCUGUAAUUUGUAUGAUAAGAAUUUCCCAAAAAAUCUUAACCCUUCCUUAUGCCUAGAAAAAUUAUUUCUACAAUCAAUUAUUUACACCUUCUCCAAUAUUCUGUGCCCUCAAAGUAAAAGAUCUCUAGAUAUACUGAUCAAGAGCAUAGAUAAAAACUUCCCACAUAUGCACACCAUUUUUGAUUACAUAAUUAGUAAGAACAACUUUAACUGGGUUCUAUGGGAUGAGCUGAUCACCACGAAUCAUAACUUCUUACCGAACGUGAAGGAGAAGUUUUUCUCCUACGAUAAUUACAACUUUUGUAAAAAUGAUAGUUCCAUGAAAUAUAUGAGCAUGAAUCAACUGAGUGAAACAAUCAAUCCUGAGACUGAUUUUAACAAAUUCUUCAUGAGCAGCAAUUUGCACGUUAGCAAGAAUUUUAACAAGUACACUAUAAACUAUAACAACCUCUUCAGUGAUGACCAUAAUAAAAAUACUCUAAACGGUUAUCAGCCUUAUCACACCAAUUUUCUACAUACAAAGACAAACAACAUGAAUGAUGCCAGUAUGCUAGAGAAUUAUCACAUGUUUAGCGACUACUCUAAGGACAACAUAUAUUCGAAUAAUAAUUACCUGGAUUCAGACCUCUUCAACACCUACAGCAAAAAUAAUAUGUCUAACAAUUAUUUCUCAGAUAAUAGCUUCUCAAAUAACAACUUUUCUGAUAAUUUAUUAUCCUAUAGAAAUAAUAAAAGAGAAAAAAAUAACUUCCAGAACGAACAACAUGAGGAAAACUACAGUGUGCUCAAUGAUAAUUUUAUCGAAAGCUAUAAUAAGUCUUCUCUGAAAAAUAUUUACAACCAGAAAGAUAAUCUUACACAGAAUGGGACAGAGAAAACCAAGGAGAAAUAUUUCCACCAAAAGUUCAAUGAUAAUAUAUUUAUAGAAAAUGUAGAAUCAUUAAGGAAAAAAAAUAUCAUCAACAUUUUAAUGUACAACAAAAAAAAUGUUCUCCUAAUUGGAAAUAAAUUUAGCGGAAAAACCUUCUUCAUGAAAUAUAAUAUUUUACCCUAUAUGAAGGAAGACAUAUCUAGUUAUUACACCUUCAUUUCGAAGCUAUGCAAUUCAAGCAAGCUGGAAAAAAAAAUUGAAAUGAAUGUCGAAAAGAAGUGUAGAAAUAUAUAUAAACCGCUCGGGAAUAAGAAGUGCCUGUACUUCAUUCUCGAUGACUUGAACAAUCUGCAAAAGUAUGAUUCCUCUGGGUUGGACUACUUCUCCGAUGGUAACGUGAACCAUCACAGCAGCGGAAGAAAUGCCCUCUUCGACUUCAACAUCAACAGGAAGUGUAUUUCCAAGAAUAACAACCUUAAUGGAGACAAUGCGCAGAUACCAAACGAAAGCGAGAAAAACGGAAGUUGUAUGAAUAACACAAGCGUCUUUGAGUUUCUGAACCAAUUCAUUGAUUACAACAUGUACUAUAAUAAGGACAACGGGUCUGUUAAAAAUGUGGAGAAUUUAUUUUUCUUUCUGAUAUAUGGAAAUAACAGAAAAUGUGCUUCCACCUUUAACAGGAAAUUGAUCAACCGACUACACGUGGUGCAUCUGAACGAGAUGGACGAAGCGUGUAUGAAAAAUACUUUCCACGUUUUCUUAAGACAUAAAUUUUCUAAUUUCCAUGAAGUCAUAAAGAAUUUGGCCGAACCUCUCUCCUCGUCCACUAUAAAACUCUUUUUCGAUGCUGCCAAAUAUUUCAAAGCAAACUUGAAUUGCUAUCAUUACUUUUUCCACUUGAAGCAUAUAUUUAAAAUAAUGAAAGGCUUGUACCUUUCGGAAGCUCCCAUAUAUGAAGAGAAAGAAAGUGUACUAAGACUGUGGGUUAAUGAAUGCUUUCGCUCUCUUGGGGAUCAACUAAUUUUAAAAAAUGAAAGGAGAAAAUUUAAAAGCAUUUUAAAAAAUAUACUACAUAAGAAAUUCUACGUGGUUUAUAAUUACCUCUUCCCAAAGAAGAAGACCUCUUAUUUCUGCUCCUACAAUUUUCAUGAUACGAAAAAUGAAAACCCAUACUUCUUCUACCAGCCUGUGUCCAAUGAAAAUGUCCUCAUCGAAUUUUUCAGGGGAGUUGUAUCUUCUUACAACACUUUUAUUCUGUGCUCUUAUGAUAGGAAGAAAAAUGAGUACUUCAAAAGUAACGAAGCAGACGUGGUUGACGCCGGGAAGAAGGGCACUCCUUCUCGCAGCGCGCAGAGGCCACCCCCCUCCAGAGAAAACAGCCUUUAUGAAAUGUUCCAACAUGCGGACGACUACGCUGUGGGAAGUAACUAUGAAAAUGCGGAGAUAAAUGGCUUCAUAGAUGGAGAGACAAAUGGCUUUCUCGGUGGACAAGGAAAUGACUUGGUGAAAGGUGAACCAAGUGAGCACCCUAUGAACGCCUCGCUGGAGAAAUCGCAGAAGAUGUCCCAAGAAAUAGCCGCACUUGUCAGCAAGAACGACAACGAUUUCAAUAAUAUUUGCACCCCCAUCAAUUUUAUACUCUUUAAAGAGGCCAUGAUAAAUAUAUGUAAAUUUUCUCGAAUCCUUCUCUUCGAAAAUGAGCACUUCAUAUCUAUUGGAGACAGCGGGCCUGGAAAAUUCACGUGUUGCCUAAUUGCCUGUUUUAUAUAUCAAAUAAAAGUUCAUGUGAUUAAAAAUUUUCACUAUGGAAAUGGAAAUGUUGGGAAUUGGGGCGAUGAAGGUGGAGAUGGCUUGCUCGAUGGGGUACACGAUGUUCGUGGACAGAAUAUGAAGGGAGCUCCCCUAGCUGUAACUAUGAACAAUGAGAAGGGGAAAGGAAGUCACGUAAGCGAGGUGAAUGGAGAAAAAGGAAUUCAUGAAGCAUCGGAAGGGGGAGAAACACAGAUAGUUGUUCAAGCACUUGAAGGGGGAACUACAGGGGGAGAGAACUCGCACGGGGAGUAUAUUCCAGAGGAAGGACAAAACAAAAAGGAAAAUCAGACAAACCAUGUCGUAAACACAAUGGAGAGGAAUACAAUUGUUGUGGAAAAAGACGAAGCGAACAAAUUUCACUCCAACCUGAUAAGCGGAAAGAAAGGUGUGUCCAUAAUAGAAAAAAUAAAAUGUAAUUAUUUCAUAAAAAAAUUUAAAGAAGCCAUUUUCAAUUGCUAUAAAAAGGAAAAAAGGUGCGUUCUAUACUACCUAGACGAUAACAUGAGUGAUGACAUUUUGGAAUUCCUGCACGAGAUUUAUAGUAACGUCAAUAUAAUUAACAUAUUUAACAGUGAAGAAAUAGCGUACUUGAAAAACAUCUUCCUCCAAAAUGAUAUCGGCUUCAAGAACUUCGACACGCUAAGCGAAAUGAUGGAAGAAUUGAUUAAGACAAAUUAUCACUACGUUUUAUUUACCACACUGAAGAGUAAAAUGUUCAGAAAAAUAUCCAACGAAUAUAAUGUUAUCCUUAAGCAGUCUACAGUUAACUACUUCUGCUCAUGGAAAAAUGUUUCGUACAAUAUAAUUGCACAAGAGAUGCUCAAAAAGUAUAACCUAAAUGUGGACGUGUUUAGCAAGCUACACAACAUGGCAUUGAAGAUGUUCGAAUGUGUCUUACACCAUUUGGAGGAAAAACUAGACAGAGAAAAAAAAGAAAAAAUUUUCUUCCUCAACGAGUUUAGCAACCACACAAACUUUAGCAACUAUGAGCAGUGUAAAAACGCAAGUGAUAAAAAUUUUGGUAUGCCAAAACUCGAUGAACAGAAUAGGAGAUACGAAAAGAACUCCACACUAACCAAGUCGAAAAAUGCUCUACUGGAAGAAAACAAACAAUCCAUGGAGAUUAAAAACAGCCUGAAAAUGAAUACCAAGGAAAGCUGCCAUAUGAACUCCAACCAGACCAAGAUCAUCAUGCAGAGUAAGAAGACAAUUACCGAGGGAGCGGAAGAAAACGAUGUAGAUGGGGAAAAUAGAAAUGAAGAAGAAACAGAGAAUAAUAUAAAAUAUAUUAGAAACUCCAAAAUUGUAGAAGACAAACUGAACAUCCAAAAGUAUAUAAAUUUUAAACACUUCUUCAACUUUUUACAAUUUUUCGAAAAGUUAUAUAAAAGAAAAUUUGAAGAAACGAAUAAGCAGGAGAAGAAAAUUAACAUAGCGCUGAGUAAAUUGGCUGAGGCGAGGAACGAAAUUCAAGAAAUGCAUAUUCAGCUAAGUCUACAAAAGGAAAACAUAUCAAAAAAACAAACCGAAUGCACACAACUGCUGAAAGAAAUAGAAGAAAAGAAAGAAGAAUCUAAUGAGAAGAAGAAGAAAAUACAAGAAGAUAGCAUUCGAAUAUCGAGUGUCGAAAUAGAGACGCAAAAAUUAGCCGAAGAUGCGAGGAAAGAUUUACAAAAUGCAAUUCCAGAACUUGAAGUUGCCACUCAGUCACUUGAACAGUUAGACAAAAAAAGCAUAUCAGAAGUAAAGGCGUAUACGAAACCACCUGAUGUAGUCAUGCAAACUUUAUCAAUCGUUAUGAUAAUUUUGAAUAAAACUCCAAGUUGGGAGCAGGCGAAAAUUGAACUAGGAGAUGCUAAUUUUUUAAACAAAUUAAAAUCUUUCGAUAAAGAUUCCAUAUCUGAUAAGACGCUUAAAAAAAUUGAAAAGUUUACCAAAAAUCCGAUAUACUCUCCUAAAGCGGUUAAGAAGGUUUCCUCUGCUACUGGUGCAUUGUGCAUGUGGGUUCACGCCUUAAAAAUGUAUGCACAAGUGUACAGGGAAGUAGCACCCAAGAGGUUGCGCCUCAAGUUGGCUGAAGAGUUGCUUAGCAAAAAUAGGAAGGAGCUGGAAUUAACCAUGGAGCAGCUAAACCAAAUUGAAAAAAAUUUACAACACCUACAGGAACAACAUAACGAAAGCACGAAAACGAGUGAUGAACUUAGCAGAUCAUAUGAAGAAUCUUGUCAAAGGAUUGAAAAUGUAGAAAAAUUUUUCCUCAAUUUAAUGGAUGAAAAAAACAGAUGGGAAAAAUACGUUAAAGAUAAUGAACGAGUUAGGAAGAGUAUAUAUGGAGAGUCAAUCUUGUCUUCUUUUUUUCUGGUUUACACUGGUUUGCUGAAUUAUGAAGAUCGGAAAUUUUUAAUUUAUGAUGCGUGCCUGAAUUUGUUGAUUCGAAAUCACAUUUUUGUCAACACCAAUUUUAAUGUCGUCGAUUAUUUUAUUGAUCCCAUCCAGUCUCUAGAAUUUAGAAACAAUUUUUUAUCUAACGAUAUAUACAUGAAGGAAAACUCCAUAUUAAUUAACAACAACUUUCUCGCCACUCUGAUAGUGGAUCCUCAUUACCAGGCUGCCAACUGGAUUAGGAGGAGUUACCUCAAUAAUGGAAAAUCUAUUGUCUUUUCUGAUUUUCAUUCUUCAGACAUAUUUUUUAAAAUCAUUCAUUGUAUGAAUACUGGAACUUCGCUACUGAUUAACUAUAUCAAUGAGGACUUGGAGGAAAUUCUCCUUUUAACAAUAAAGAAAUAUAACAAGUUCAUUUUCGAUAGAGAGAACAGUUCGAUUUCGGAUGAUCAUCAGUGCCAAUCUGCAAAUGACGCUUUGAUAAGGGAGUACGCUAAGAGGAAGAAGCAACUACAGGAUGAUUUCGGGGCAAAUCACAAAGGUGGUGCGAACAAUGGUGGAGGAGGCGCAGUUAGUGCCUUUGGACAAGUUGGCCCAGUUAACGGAGCUAGCGUAGCGAACGGUCCAAGCGGAAUGGGAAGGAUGACCUACGAGGAGAAACUGUACCGAAUGAAGUUGCAGCUUUUGGAUGGAAUAAACAUCAACAGAAACUUCAAGCUGUUUCUCGUGUCUAACAAAAACUGCUUCAGUCUGGAAUCAACCUUUUAUACACUCACGACGGUUAUCGUAUUUAGUCUGAACAAAGAAUCCCUGGACAACAUUCUGCUAAAUGUAAUAAUUAUGAAUGAGGAGAAGAAUUUAGAAGAGGAAAAUAAAGAGUGUCUUAUGCGUCUAAUUCGUGUAAAAAAGGAAAUCAUCAAAUUAGAAAACAACAUACUAGAACAUAUAACAAAAAGUGAAAAAAAAAUUACAGAAGAUGACGAACUGAUUAAUAUUCUCCUACAGUCCAAAUCAGAAAUUGACGAAAAAAAUGGACAACUAGAAGAAGUAUAUGAUACCAUUAACAGAAUGAAUAUGAAUAAAAAUAUGUUUAAACCGCUAGCCAAAAAAGUAGCUAUUUUAUUUACCAUACUUAAUGACUUGAAGUAUGUUAAUAAUUAUUAUCAGUUUUCUCUGGAGCAUUUUAUUUCCUUCUUUACCUACUUCAUGAAAAUUUUCAAAAAAAAUAAUAAAAUAUCCUCUAGCUCUACUACGGAAAGGCAAGAAAUUCUGUUCAGCAAUUACUUCUUUGAAUUUUUGAAAUAUACUAAAGUAUCCCUUGCUAAUAAGCACCACCUUUUUUUUGUGUUUUACUCCUUGUGCAAAAUUAUGAUUUUAGAAAAUAAAAUUUCUCAGGAGGAUUAUGAAUUCUUCACCUUUGGAAGUGAGGCAACUAAUGAACAGGUGCACACACGAUAUAUGAAGAGACUCCUCCAGGAGAAUAGCCACAGGGGGAAGGGGGAUGACCAUGCGGGUACACACAAUGGUAAGAAAGGGGCUAAGCGCAAGGGCAAAAACGCAUCCAAGCGUGUGGUGAGCAAGUCUGCCACAGGAGAAGACAUUUCCAAUUCGAACAAUUAUGCGGAGGGAGAAGACGACGAACCUGACGAUGAAGAUGAUGAAAACGAGGAGGAUGACAACGACGAGAAUGACGUGGACGAAAUUGACGUGGAAGAGAUUGACAUGGAUGAGGAAGGACAAGACAAUGAUGAAGAAGAAGCUGAUGAUGACGGAGACGAUUCUAACCGCGAAGGGGAAAACCUAGACGGUAGUGAGUGCAGCGAAACGGGAGAACACGCUAAGAAAAGUGCGCGAAAGGCGGACGAAAGUGGACCCAAAAAAGACGAAAACGAACCGGAAGGGAAAACCAACCUGGAGGAAAACAAAAGGAAUAACAACGAUGGAGGAAAAGACAAAUUAAAGGAAAACUCCAAAACGAUAAAUAACAAAAGGAAAAAGCAAAACAAAAAGAAAAAGUAUAAUUCAAAUAAUCAAAUGCCAAAAGAUUAUCAAGAAGAGGAUCAUUUUAAUGAGUACUCAGAAUAUGAUGAUAGAAACAGUAAUUGCGCAGAAUCAAUUGAUGUUAAAUAUACAGAUAUGAUUAAUCCAGGAAAUGAUUGGAUAAGUGAUGAAAAGUGGAGAUACUUACUACACAUUGAGAGGUUGAAAAACUUCGAAGGAUUUAUCAACUCAUUUGUUAAGUCCAUCAGAGAAUGGAGAAGAUGGUUCAAUUUUUUGGAAGUAGAAAACUAUGUACUUCCAGACGAAUGGGAAUUUAAUUUGAAUUCUUUUCAAAAAUUAAUUAUCAUCAAAAUUUUAAGACCAGACAGAUUAAAUAAAGCAAUAGAAAAUUUAGUGUACGCUAAUAUCUCCUACAACGAUAUUCAGGUGGAUCAUAUGAACUUUGAAUUUAUUUUGAGAGCAUCCAAUAAUAUGGACCCUUUGACUAUUAUUUACAAAAAUAAUUUUGACCCCUUCCAAUAUGUGUAUAAUUACGCUCUUGAGAAUAACCAAAAGUUGAAAAAUUUAACUCUAACAGAUCAGAACAUUCACUUUGUAUACCACUACUUGAGGGAUGCCAUGGAGAAGGGACAUAUUCUCUUCAUUUCUAACCUGCACAACUCGGUUCAGAAUUUACAUAAGCUAGCCAAAAUUAUCGAAAAUGUACUAAGCAUCAGUUCUACAUCGGGUCUAACACUCAGCACGAGCUCCGAUGAAAUUGGCUCUGAUGCAAACACCGUUGGACUUACCAACACAGCGAGUGAACAGCGAGAGGAAAUCUCUAAAUUGGAAGAAACAGAAAAGGAUUCCACAGAAGGGGGAAAUCACCUGGAAAAUGUGCAAGUAGACGACGGACAUAUGAACCGUUUGUCCAGUUCUGAAAAAGCUGAUUCCUUGCCGUACAAUGCGUUGAUAGACGAGGAGUAUGGAAGUAGCCCCGGUGGAAACACCCUCGGGAAUGAUAUCCAACUGUUGGAAGGAGGUAACCAUGGAAAGAUACCAGUGCAUCCAAAUUUCCGCCUCUUCUUAUCCUGUCUGCCGAGUGAGAAAUUCCCGACGGAAUUAUUGCAGAAAAGCAUCAUCGUCAUUUUGGAAGAGCCACCCAAUGUAAAGAAGAGCAUAUCCAUUUUGUUCAAAGAGCAAUGGGAAUUGGAAGAAAAUAAAAACAUUCAGUUAAACAAAUAUAAGAAGUUGUUACUGAGCUUGUUCUGGUUUCAUUCUAUUCUUAACAAUAGGAAAAAGUUUUACAACUUGGGAUGGAACAGCGAAAAUUAUUUUUUCAACAACAAGGAUAUCAUGUUGAGUAAGUACAUUUCGCAAAUAUUCUUCAACAAAAAUGUUAAAGAAAUAUACUGGCCUUACUUCCACUACUACAUUUGUGAUAUUAUAUAUGGUUCUAAAAUUAAUGAUUCCUUUGAUAAAGAGCUCCUAAAUAUAUAUGCAAAUGAAUUUUUCAACAACAAUAUAUUUAAGGGGAAGUAUAUAUUUUCCAACUGCUCAAAUUAUUACCUACCUAACGAUGUUAUGAGUGAAAAAGUAUUGAAUAAUUACUUGAAAGAAAUUCCACAUAAUGAUAGCGUAGAAAUAUUUGGACAGAAGACAUGUGCAGAAAUUCCUUUCAAUACAAUUGCUUCUGAAGGAAUUAUUUCUCUUUUCUUUCACGUAAAUUCUCUGCACCGCAAUCAAUACCAUUUCCAUAAUGCGAGGUCGAAUCAUGUUAAUGAGAAGGAGGUCUAUUCCUUUACGAAGAUGCUUCUACAGGGCAUGCCUCACGAGAUCUAUGUGGACGAUUUGAUGAAAAAGCAGUGCAUGCAGGAGCAGUACGUUUACACCAACCUCAUGUGCCAGGAGAUUUACAAGCACAACUUGGUUCUGCGCAAGGUGCGAAGGUCCAUAGGGAAGGUGCAGUGUGCGCUCAAAGGUGAAACCGUGAUAAACAAACAAAUUUACAAAACCAUCAGAUAUCUUAGUGACGGAUUAGUGCCAAACUCCUGGAAGGCAUUUUACAUAUCGAAAAAAAAUCUACUUCCCUUUUUUGAAGAUUUAAACGAAAGAGUGAACCAGCUAAACGAGUGGAGCAUCAACGGGGCAUUGACAGUUCAUUGGCUUGGAGGAUUCUGUAACCCCAGAAGUAUCUUAAAAUAUAUUUUAUAUGAAUACUCAAAAAAGAAUGACAUCAGCCAUGAUUUAAUCACGUUUGAAUUUACUUCGAUAAACAAAUCGGAUGAAAUUAAAAUCAAGAGCAGAAGCAUUGAGGAGGGAAUUUACAUAAAGAAGUUAAUUUUGCAGGGCGCUAAAUGGGAUUUCAUCAGCCAGACGCUAAUGGAGACCGACAAUAACAAUUUGUACUUUAUCAUUCCGACUGUGUAUCUCAAGGUUGUAUUAAAAAAGAAAAGCAAAGAGGACAACGACAUUUAUUAUUGCCCCUUGUACAUGUGUCAAGAGAAGAACGUCGUGGACGUUAGGGAGAACUACCUGAUGAAGGUUGGACUACGCACAGGAUCGAAAAACCCAUCCGAGUGGGGCAAGCUGGGCGUGCGUUUGUUUUUAACGAACGAAUGUUAA